GCGGCGCUCAGGAUCAUGUCCGGCCGCCGCUGCGCCGGCGGGGGCGCGGCCUGCGCGAGCGCCGAGGCCGUGGAGCCGGCCGCCCGAGAACUGUUCGAGGCGUGCCGCAACGGGGACGUGGAGCGAGUCAAGAGGCUGGUGACGCCCGAGAAGGUGAACAGCCGCGACACGGCCGGCAGGAAGUCCACCCCGCUCCACUUCGCCGCAGGUUUUGGACGAAAAGAUGUUGUUGAAUAUUUGCUUCAGAAUGGUGCAAAUGUACAAGCCCGCGAUGAUGGGGGGCUUAUUCCUCUUCAUAAUGCAUGUUCUUUUGGGCAUGCUGAAGUAGUCAGUCUCCUUUUACAACAUGGUGCAGACCCAAAUGCUCGAGAUAAUUGGAAUUACACACCUCUCCAUGAAGCUGCAAUUAAAGGAAAAAUUGAUGUUUGCAUUGUGCUCUUACAGCAUGGAGCUGAGCCAACCAUUCGAAAUACAGAUGGAAGGACAGCAUUGGACUUAGCAGAUCCAUCUGCCAAAGCAGUUCUUACUGGUGACUAUAAGAAAGAUGAACUCUUGGAAAGUGCCAGGAGUGGCAAUGAAGAAAAAAUGAUGGCUCUACUUACACCAUUAAAUGUCAACUGCCAUGCAAGUGAUGGCAGAAAGUCAACUCCAUUGCAUUUGGCAGCAGGGUACAACAGAGUAAAGAUUGUACAGCUAUUACUGCAACAUGGAGCUGAUGUCCAUGCUAAAGAUAAAGGUGAUCUGGUGCCAUUACACAAUGCCUGUUCUUAUGGUCAUUAUGAAGUAACUGAACUUCUGGUCAAGCAUGGUGCCUGUGUGAAUGCAAUGGACUUGUGGCAGUUCACUCCUCUUCAUGAGGCUGCUUCUAAGAACAGGGUUGAGGUGUGUUCCCUUCUCCUCAGUUAUGGUGCAGAUCCAACAUUGCUGAAUUGUCACAAUAAGAGUGCUAUAGAUUUGGCUCCCACACCACAGUUAAAAGAAAGAUUGUCAUAUGAGUUUAAAGGCCACUCAUUGCUGCAAGCUGCACGAGAAGCUGAUGUGACAAGAAUCAAAAAACAUCUUUCUCUGGAAAUGGUGAAUUUCAAACAUCCCCAAACGCACGAAACUGCACUGCAUUGUGCUGCUGCAUCCCCAUCUCCCAAAAGAAAGCAAAUCUGUGAAAUGUUGCUAAGAAAAGGAGCAAACAUCAAUGAAAAGACUAAAGAAUUCUUGACUCCUCUGCACGUGGCAUCUGAGAAAGCUCACAAUGAUGUUGUUGAAGUCGUGGUGAAACAUGAAGCAAAGGUGAAUGCUUUGGAUAACCUUGGUCAGACGUCACUACACAGAGCUGCACAUUGUGGUCAUCUCCAGACCUGCCGCCUACUCCUGAGCUAUGGGUGCGACCCUAACAUCGUGUCCCUUCAGGGCUGCACUGCCUUGCAGAUGGGGAAUGAAAACGUGCAGCAGCUACUUCAAGAGGGUAUCUCAUUGGGCAAUUCAGAAGCAGACAGACAACUGCUAGAAGCUGCAAAAGCUGGUGAUGUAGAAACUGUGAAGAAACUGUGUACUGUUCAGAGUGUCAACUGUAGAGACAUUGAAGGACGUCAGUCUACACCACUUCAUUUUGCAGCUGGGUAUAACAGGGUGUCUGUAGUGGAGUAUCUGCUACAGCAUGGAGCUGAUGUGCAUGCUAAAGAUAAAGGAGGCCUUGUACCUUUGCAUAAUGCAUGUUCUUAUGGACAUUAUGAAGUUGCAGAACUUCUUGUUAAGCAUGGAGCAGUAGUUAAUGUAGCUGAUUUAUGGAAGUUUACACCUUUACAUGAAGCUGCAGCAAAAGGAAAAUAUGAAAUAUGCAAACUUCUACUCCAGCAUGGUGCAGAUCCUACAAAGAAAAACAGAGAUGGUAAUACUCCUUUGGAUCUUGUUAAAGAUGGUGAUACAGAUAUCCAAGAUCUACUUAGAGGAGAUGCAGCUUUGCUAGAUGCUGCCAAGAAGGGUUGUUUAGCAAGAGUGAAGAAGUUAUCUUCACCUGAUAAUGUAAAUUGCCGUGAUACUCAAGGCCGACAUUCUACACCUCUACACUUGGCAGCUGGUUAUAAUAAUUUAGAAGUUGCAGAGUAUUUAUUGCAACAUGGAGCUGAUGUGAAUGCCCAAGACAAAGGAGGACUCAUUCCUUUGCACAACGCGGCAUCAUAUGGGCAUGUAGAUGUAGCAGCAUUACUAAUAAAGUACAAUGCAUGUGUUAAUGCCACGGACAAAUGGGCUUUCACACCUCUGCAUGAAGCAGCCCAAAAGGGACGAACCCAGCUUUGUGCUUUAUUGUUGGCCCAUGGAGCUGAUCCUACUCUCAAAAAUCAGGAAGGACAAACACCUUUAGAUUUAGUUUCAGCAGAUGAUGUCAGUGCUCUCUUGACAGCAGCCAUGCCUCCCUCUGCUCUGCCUUCAUGCUAUAAGCCACAAGUGCUCAAUGGUGUGCGAAGUCCAGCAACCACUGCAGACACUCUGUCUUCAGGUCCAUCCAGCCCCUCAAGCCUUUCUGCAGCCAGCAGUCUUGACAAUCUCUCUGGGAGUUUCUCUGAACUGUCUUCAGUUGUUAGUUCAAGUGGAACAGAAGGUGCUUCCAGUCUGGAGAGAAAGGAAGAUCCAGGAGUGGAUUUUAGCAUAACUCAAUUUGUAAGGAAUCUUGGACUUGAGCACCUAAUGGACAUAUUUGAGAGAGAACAGAUCACUUUAGAUGUGUUAGUUGAGAUGGGGCACAAAGAGCUGAAAGAGAUUGGAAUCAAUGCUUAUGGACAUCGACACAAACUAAUUAAAGGAGUUGAAAGACUCAUCUCUGGACAACAAGGUCUUAAUCCAUAUUUAACUCUAAACAACUCUGGUAGUGGAACAAUUCUCAUAGAUCUAUCUCCUGAUGAUAAAGAAUUUCAGUCUGUGGAAGAAGAGAUGCAAAGUACAGUCCGAGAACACAGAGAUGGAGGUCAUGCAGGUGGCAUCUUUAACAGAUACAAUAUUCUCAAGAUCCAGAAGGUUUGUAACAAGAAACUAUGGGAAAGAUAUACACACCGGAGAAAAGAAGUUUCUGAAGAAAACCACAACCAUGCUAAUGAAAGAAUGUUAUUUCAUGGAUCACCCUUUGUGAAUGCAAUUAUCCAUAAGGGCUUUGAUGAAAGACAUGCAUACAUAGGUGGCAUGUUUGGAGCUGGGAUUUAUUUUGCUGAAAACUCUUCCAAAAGCAAUCAGUAUGUAUAUGGAAUUGGAGGUGGUACUGGGUGUCCAGUUCACAAAGACAGAUCUUGUUAUAUUUGCCACAGGCAGCUGCUGUUUUGCCGAGUAACUUUAGGGAAGUCUUUCCUGCAGUUCAGUGCAAUGAAAAUGGCACAUUCUCCUCCAGGUCAUCACUCAGUCACCGGUCGGCCCAGUGUAAAUGGUCUGGCAUUAGCUGAAUAUGUUAUUUACAGAGGAGAACAGGCUUAUCCAGAAUAUUUAAUAACUUACCAGAUUGUGAGGCCUGACGGUAUGGUUGAUGGAUAAGUGGUUGUUUGGGGAAACUAAUUCCACUGAACCUAAAAUCACUGAAGCAGAUGGUGGCCUCUAAAAUUUUACUCCUUGGCUGAAAAAAUACAUCUUGACCACAGGCCUGUAGUAAAUGGAUAAAAAUGUGAAAGAAGUUUAACAUUCUGACUUGAUAAAGCUUUAAUAAUGUACAGUGUUUUCUAAAUAUUUCCUGUUUUUCAGCACUUUAACAGAUGCCCUUCCAGGUUAAACUGGGUUUGUCUAUACUAAAUUAUAAGAGUUAACUUGAACCUUUUAUACAUUGUGCAUUGAUUCUAACAAAAACUGUAAUGCCUCUAACAGACUCAUUUUACUAAUAUAAUACUGUGUUCUUUCAAACACAGCAUUUACACUGAAUACAAUUUCAUUUGUAAAACUGUAAAUAAGAGCUUUUGUACUAGCCCAAUAUUUAUUUACAUUGCUUUGUAAUAUAAAUCUACUGUUUUAGAACUGCAGUGGUUUACAACAUUUUUUUCAUGUGUAUUGCUCAUCUGUAUUUCAUCUUGCAUCUUCCAAGUGAGUGAUCUUUAUGUUUGAUUCCAUAGGCGAUGUUGAGUUCCCAGUAGAAACUUAGUUGGGAAAGACUUUUCAAAUUUAAUUAGCUGAUGAAAGUAUUUCUCAUUAGAAAUCUUUCUCACAUAACAAUUUUUAUGCAUACUUUGAGGACAGUUUGUGAUGCCUUUGUAUGUAUGAGAUACACAUUCCAAAGAGCCCUGCCUGUGAUACAGUAGUUCCUAUACUAAGGAAGCUUCUUCACUGGCCUCAAACUCCCAUUUCACUUUGGAAAAAUUCCCAAUAUUAUUCUGAAACUCCUGGUUUCUAGGGAGGCUAAUCCCUGCUUUCAAAAAGUCACAGUGCUCUGCUCAUGGAAUAUAACUAGGAAGUAAAACAUUAGAGGUGGGAAAGGCAGUCCUGGACCACUUCCCAGUCAGCUCUACUUCCCUUAAAAAGGAGGGAAUUAGCAACUGGGAUGGGUAGUUUUUUAUCCUUGCUUUUAGUUGCUUUUUUUUUUGUUGUUGUUUGUUUGUUUGUUUUUGGUUUUUUUCUUGAUCUUAUAUUUAUAACCGAUAAUCUAUAUGACCUCCUAAAUGGCAAGUGCUUCCUGCUCCUGGGCUGUUUCUUUGUGGCAUCCUCAUUUGGAAAUGUGUUGAUGUUCACUGGCAGUUGUAGAAAGAAUUGCUCUUCCAUAAAAUGCCAUUCCUGGCUGUUCUGGUGUAUACUCUUCUGGGAGUCAUGCUCAAGCAUCUUGUGCGGAACUAGCAUUAUUGCUGGUGAUCCAUUUACUUGUUGACCUUAGUUUCCUCAGCAAACAAGGAAAGGUUUUUACCCACUUAAGUCUUUUUUUAAGACAUUCCCCUUCACUCUAUACCAGCUUACCUUUGUUUUGCCUUUUAUUUAGUCUAAAUUAACCAGUCCUUUACUAAAUGUAUGUAUAGUGCUAGGAAGUCACAUUUAUUGUCCUGAGUAAGAGUGAAAUCAAAGUCCGUGCACUUCUGGAGUUGUUAAUAUGAUAUGAAAUUGUGAUCAUUAUUUAAGAGAUCAAAGUGCUUUUAUACAGCUCUCUGCUAAUUACAAACACAAUCCAAAAGUCAUUUCUUGAUAAAAGGAAUUUGCCAACUUUUAUAUAAAAUUUUCAGGUUGUAUAGUUAGAAGAUAAUGAAAGGAAUCAAUGGGAUUUAUAUUUACAUAUCUUCUCUCUCAACAUUUAGCCCACAUUACCCUACACAUGAAUCUGGAAUUGUCAUGUAAAAUCAUCAUGGUCUAGUUUACAGUGUUAUGAAUUGUUAUUUCAUCUACUCCAUAGCCUACUUGUGUUGUUUUUCCAUGGGUGAUUAUACUGUGUUUAUUAUGCUAGCAUGGCAGUGUUUUCACAUAGCUUUUGUUUAGUGGAAGCUUGGGGCUUGGAGGUUUUUAAACGCUUUGCAUGAAAUGUCUUACUUUGUAGUGAUGGAAUUGCUUUUUCUUUUGUCUUGUAGAUUUUUUUGAAGUGAAAUUGAUUUUUGUGUGUGUGUGAGUAGUACUGUUAUGCCCACCUUAGUGUCUUUCUUGUACUGUAUCACAUUCCAUGCCCUCAUUGAAUUCUUAAUAAACUGUUCACUUGUU